AGGCCACGCGUACUGGGUUCUCCAGAACAGCUGGGGCACGGAGUGGGGCGAGCAGGGCUACUUUCGCAUGGCACGCGGCAUAGACGAGUCCGGCUGCGAGAGCAUCGCGGUGGCCGCCGACGUGGCGCGGGACCUCGGAGCAGCAACGACGUGCUCGACAGCUUCCUCGCGUCGCUCUGACGUGCAGGCGGCGCCGCAGCGCGCGGCCGCCACCCGCCGCCCGAGCUCCGCGGUCUCGAACGAGCUGCCUCGGCGCAAAGGUCGACCCAUACUGCUUACGGGCGGGCAGUGUUUCUCCCUCGUGCCGUGGAGCGUGCACUAUUGAAUAAUCCGCAUGUGGAAUAAUCUGAUGGCGCAGAUGAGAAUCGUCGCAGAUUAUAGGUCUGCGCGCGAUUCGGUGCAACGCAGCCCAAUCCGAUCUGAGCUGUUUUUUUCUGCUGGUGCGUCUUGAUUCUCCGAUGAGCCCUGAUCCAGUCCGUCUUAGCAUCGUGGGUCUUCCCACGGCCGGCGUGACAUAGAUAAGUCGCGCGGACAACACGGCUGGAUUGGUGUGCAGGUGUCCAGAUGCAGUCUUUCGCUUGUGGCACUCUUCGUAUCUACCAUGCAGCCAUUUACAUUAUGAUUGGACCAGCUCUGUUUGUCACCCUUCUUCCUUGGGCGUAUUUAUCACACGCGAUCGAUCGAC